CUCUGUACAUGUUACACACUACCCCUAGGUAUUCUAUAAGAACCAUGGUUGUGAACGGGAAAAUAUACUAACCCAUUUCAAUCGCGCAUUUCAUACUUAAAACACGCAGUUCGGUAAAUGUGUACUGUGGAUAUUGAACAAGUGGAAUUUUGUCUUCCAUUGUGUACCAGACACUUUUUAUGCCCCCGAAGGGAGGCAUAUUAGUUUUCAACUGUCCGUCCGUUCGUUAGUUCGUUCGUUCGUCACAACGUUAACUUUUUGCAUGAAGGCACUUUACUCGCAAACCACUGCACCCAGGACCUUCAAACUUCACAUGCUGAUAGUACUUAUUGAGUACACAACCCCUACUGACUUCAGGGUCACCAGGUCAAAGGUCAAGGUCACCAGGUCAAAGGUCAAGGCACUGCGGGGGCAUUUGUCACCAUUAGUGACAGCUCUUGUUUUUUAAAUCUUCAAAACCACUGGGCAGAUUUACACCAAACUUCACAGGAAUGAUCCUUUGGUGGCCUCCUUUCAAAAUUGCCAAAAGAAUUGAAAUCCAUGCAGAACCAAAAAAAAAAUCUUUAAAAAUCUUCUUGUCAGAAAUUGUUAGCUGGAUUUCAAAAAUAUUUUGUAGAAAUGGUCUUUAGGUGACCCUCUACCAAAAUUGCCUAAGCCGUUCUGUUUCGGUAAAAAAACAUAGCCGCCAGGGGGAGGGGCUUAUUUUCCCUUUAUGACUAUAUUGUUACUUUCAAAAAUCUUCUUCUUCAAAACCAUUGGGCAGAUUUACACUAAACAUCUUAGAACUGAUCCUUGGCGUCUAUCAAAAUUGCCCCAAAAUUUGCAUCAAGAAAUUUUCACUCAUUCAUUAGUGAUAUAGUUUUGUGCUCCCAAAGACGCAAAAUGUUUCCGCUACAUACAUUUCUUGAUAAGAAUCAGAUAACCUUUAAAUUUGAACUAUAUUCAUGGAAAUGCCAUGUUUCAGAUGGAAAAACUUGAUGAGACAGAUAUUCCCCAACUGAAGUCUAUCCUGAAGGAAACACAAGAUGAAAUACAUAGACAAAAAGAGGAUCUCAGUAAUAUAGAGAAAGAAUUGAAGGUGAAGGAAAAUGACGAGAACCUGGCCAAACAGAUACUCUCAGAUAUUGUCAUGAUGGACCUAUACUCUGGUGAUGUCGACAAACUUGACCAGAAAAUUGCCAUGCAAGCUGCUGAACUCUCUGGAGGAGAUUCUCAAAGAACACUACAGAUGGUCAUUGAUGAGAAAGAAGAUCUGCAGGUCAAAGUAGGUGCAGCUACCAGCAGUCUGGAUCACAAGCUCCAGACAUUUGUAGACCACUUGGAGCAGGUACAUGUUCUAAGGACCGUUGUCAACAGCUUGAAGGAGGAGAAGUUGGGCAUCAAGAGUGACCUUCAACAGAGGAGCAAACUUGAAGAGGACAAGGCAAACUUGGAAUCUGAAAAUAAGGUGCAUGAAAAAGAUAUAAAGGAUACAGCAAAAAAGUUGAAGCCCCUGCAGAGCAAGAUGGACAAAUUAAGAUCAAAUAAGGAAAAGUUAUUAAAGGAGAAAGAGAAAAUGUUGGAAACUGCUAAAGCUAAGGAAGAAAUAGUGAGAGGCAAUGAAAUUCGGGUGAAAAAUUUUAAUCAUGAUAUUAAAAGAUACGAUCAGUCUGGUAAAGCAGGCCAACUGAAGAGAAGUCGUGAUAACAAAGAUCAGAUUGAAAGGGAAAUGAUCUCCAUAGACAAAGAAUUAAAGGAGGCCAUGACUAACAUAGAUAAAUUAAGGAAAGAUAUCUCUACACAAAAGGUUCGAGAACUUAAUCUUCAGAAUAAUCUGAACUUGAGAAAUAAACAGAAAGAAAUAGAGGAGAUCAGUAGAAAGAUUGCUGACCUGGAGAGUAAACUCGGGAAUGUAGAUGUGGCUUACAUAUGUAGGGAGCAAAGUCGUCUGGAACGAGAGAUGGAAAGCUUAAGAAAAGAGCGUCACACUGCUGAAGGUCGGCAAACAGAGUUGGAGAACCAGAUUAGAGGAACUAAAAGGGAGUUACAGACAGACAUGUAUAAAGGGGCGGACGAGAAGUACCGCAACAAGAUGAUAGAUAAAAGGACCACAGAACUGGCAAACGGAGAUCUUGAGAAGUAUUACAAGGCACUAGAUAAGGCCAUUAUGAAUUACCACAAAAUGAAGAUGGCAGAAAUCAACAAGAUUAUUAGAGACCUGUGGAGGCAGACCUAUAGAGGACAAGACAUUGAGACUAUAGAGAUUCAAUCUGAUGAGAAUGAUUCGGCAGCCAUUACGACACGGAAGACAUAUAACUAUCGUGUGGUGAUGAGAAAACCAGGAGAUGUUGUAAUAGACAUGAGAGGAAGAUGUAGCUCUGGACAGAAGGUGCUUGCUUCACUGAUCAUACGUCUUGCCCUGGCUGAGACAUUCUGUUUGAACUGUGGUAUCUUAGCCCUUGACGAACCGACAACUAAUCUGGAUAGGGAAAAUCUUGAGAGUUUAGCUGGUGCACUGGUUGAGAUCAUUAAAGGUCGUAUGCACCAAAGAAAUUUCCAGCUUGUGAUUAUCACCCACGACGAAGACUUUGUGGAGUUGCUUGGUAGAUCAGAAUAUGUGGACAAGUUCAUCAGAGUGGGGAAAAAUCAAUUUGGAUGUUCCAGGCUUAAAAGUACAGAGGUUGCUGAACUUAGCAGAUGAAUUCAGUAUUAGAUGAACAAUAUAAAUACAGCUUAUUAGUGGACCAAACAUUUUAUUUCACGAUGAUAUGAACUGAAGUGUAUUGCAUUUAAAAAGUGAUUUGAUAGACAGGAACAUUGAGUUUGCACUGCGUAUAUAUAGCCUGAAAUGUCAUAAGAAGUUGUGUUCAUUAUUAUUGAUACUAUACAUUUAUAUUGUAUGUUCAAGGUAAAUUGUCGGACUUUGAACAAAUGUAAUGUAAAUAAAUGAAUCGCGCCAUGAGAAAACCAGCAUAGUGCGUAUGCAACCAGCAUGGAUCCAGGUCAGGAUCCAUGCUGUUCACUAAAGGUAUCUCUAAUUCCAAUAGGCUUUGAAAGCGAACAGCAUGGAUCCUGACCAGACUGCGUGGAAGACGCAGGCUGGUCUGGAUCCAUGCUGGUCGCAAACGCACUAUGUUGGUUUUCUCAUGGCGCGGCUCAAAUGUGUGUACAUUUAAGGUAGUGGACCCCUAUUUUCCUUCGAUUAUGUAUUUUCUGUUUACAGUUUCCUAUAUUCUUUGCUCAUUUUGAAGAGUAAGUUUUCAUGGAUACCAAAAUUGAAUACGAUGAUAAUUCGUCUGAUAGAAAUUGCCUGUUAUCAUUAUUGUUCAAGCAUCUUAAGGUGCUUAAUCAGACAUUACCACUUAAAGUUGUAAGUUCUGUGAAGCUUGUUUAUCUAGUAUGGUUACACAAAUAGAACAUAAUCUGUGUAUAAUGGUAAAAUUAGCAUCUAUUUACUCUAUUUUAAGGGACCUCUGAGUUUCUGACUUCGAAUAAACUGUCCCUCUUCCCUUUUGGUUUGAAACCCCACAGAAGAUUCUAAACUUCUUUCUUUUGAGGAACCCACACAGGGAUGGCUAAAGGGUCAAUGGUUCUACCCAGGUGUCUGCUCAUGCCUGAAAUAUUUGCUUUGAACUAGAAAGUUGCCAUAUGACCUGCUAUUUUGAUGAUAUGUCUUAAUUACAUUUUAAUGAAAAUUUGAAAAAAUGCUUCAUUCUGACAAACUGUAAGAAAAUUUGAGUUCAGGGGUCUUCUUUUAUUAUCAUAGGCAUAUUUCUUGAAAAAAAUAACAGCUUAUAGACCUGUGCAUUGCAUUUGAUCAUAUAACAUGAGAACCUUUUAGUUUUAUAAAUCUGAGUGAUUUAGGCUAACAUUAUGAAAACUUGAUCCAGAUUUUUCAGUCAGUCUUUCAAAAACGCAUGCACACUUCUUUGCAGUUUCCCCCCAGCAUACAUGUAUGCUAAAGUAAUAUAGAGUUAAAUCGAAUUCUACUGCAAAAAAAAGAAAAAAGUUUUUUGUUGAUCAUGCACAGCAGCCUAAAAUGCUUGAGUUUUACUUAUGAUUUAAUAAAUUUUGUAAUGUUGGUGCAUUUGUGUUCAUGGUUAUUUAUAUUAUGCAUUAUACAUGUAGAUUCUUUUAUUGUUAGUGAUAUUUUAUUGAACUUACUUUAUUCCUUUUGCUUAUUGCAUCAUUGGAAUAGCAUUUGGUGAUUUGGAGAAGUCUUGGCCUAUUUGAUGGUGCUCAUUUUCAGAAUUUUAUUUUAUUUUAUUUAGUUUUAUUUUCAUUUUAUUUGUUGAAGAAUAUUUUCCCUUACGAGAUAGAUAAUACAUGAUAAUGUAGAUUAAAUAUGUUUAUGUCUCAUUAGUAUCACAAUUUAUUAACCAGAAACCUUUCAUUGUGGUCAAAUUUGUACCUGGUGUAGUUAAACCUGUGCUUAACAACUACCUGUGAACAAAGACCACCCGAGUCUAAAGACCGCUCCACUCAUUUUCAAUUUCAACAUUUACAAUUUAUUUAUAACCUAGUCUACCAAUAAAAGCUAAGUUUUGGCUCACCCAGGGGUGGCCUGUAUGGGCAGGUUUGACAGAAUAUAAUGCUGGUCAUGAUUUAUGCUUGUUUAUGAUUUGUUCUUCAAACUAUUUGCAAUUAUAAGUAAAUUAAUAACUUUGCAAAUAUUACCCAAUCUGUCAUUGGAAGCUACAUAUAAUUACUAGACCAUUAUCCAGAAUUUUACUAAAAUAGGGGAAGGGUAAGGUGAAGAAAUUUAUUUUUACUUAUCAUAUUCUAUUUCUCAGAUUUGAUUGUAGGCCUUUCCUGUAUAAAAACAUGACAAACUAAAAUUAAGAAACAAAAUAUACAUAGAUUGUCAGAUAUAAAAACAGAUUAUAAAACCAUAAAAGUAUUUACUGAAAUAAAACUCUUUUUUAAUUCUAGAAAAGACUGUUCUAUUUUUUUUUAGAAAAUAAAAAGAGAUUCAGACGGCAUUGAAACAAGGGAGCAGGCAGUAGUAAUAACCAAGCAUUUCAGUAUGCCAACAGUGACUGUUCAUUUAGCUUCCAUGAAAUAAGCAAGAACAUACAAGAUACAUGUUG